UUCACAUUGAACUAAUAAUGUAAAAACUCAUGACUGAUAACAAUUUUAUAAGUCCAUGUUUACUGAAUAAAUAUCUCAAUUGUUAGUAAGAGUAACAAGUUAGACAUAAUGCAAUUUUUAAAGAGUUCUUGUAUAAGAAAAACAUUUUCAGCCACAUAUCGUACAAUAAGUAAUAAAGUUCCUGAGGUACGAAUUUACGAAGUAGGGCCAAGAGAUGGACUUCAAAAUGAAUCGAAAUUUGUACCAAUAGAUAUUAAAAUUGAGCUCAUUCAUAAACUUGCUGCAGCUGGUAUUAAUAAUAUUGAAUCUGCAAGUUUCGUGAGUCCAAAGUGGGUAAAACAAAUGAGUGAUGGCUCUGAGGUUAUGAAUAAUCUGAAAAGAUCUCCUGGUGUUAAUUAUCCUGUUCUUAUACCAAACUUAAAAGGUUAUGAAGCAGCGAAAAAAUGCAAUAUUGAGGAAAUUGCAAUAUUCCCUGCUGGUUCAGAAGGAUUUUCACAAAAAAACUUAAAUUGCUCAGUGGAAGAAGGUAUCAAGAGAUUUAAAAUGGUUGCCGAUCAGGCUGUCCAGGAUGGCAUCAGAGUGAGAGGUUAUGUUUCUUGUGUCCUUGGGUGCCCCUAUGAUGGAUCAAUUAGCCCUAAAGCAAUUGCAAAGAUCACAGAGGAACUGUUUGCAAUGGGUUGCUAUGAAGUAUCAUUGGGUGACACUAUUGGUGUUGGUACUGCGGGCUCGGUGCGUAGGUUAAUGCAAGAAGUCCUGGCAGUGACCACUCCUGACAAGCUGGCUCUUCAUUUUCAUGACACAUAUGGACAAGGAUUGUCAAAUCUAGUAGCAGGUUUGGAGUUUGGCAUUAAGACAGUGGAUUCGUCAAUCUCAGGACUAGGAGGGUGCCCGUAUGCAAGGGGAGCGAGCGGAAACCUCGCGACAGAAGACCUUGUGUAUUUCCUUUACGGCCUCGGAGUUAAUACCAACGUAGACCUGGUCCAGCUAGUCGAAGCCGGCCGUUACAUAUCAAACUUCCUCGCAAAACCUACAGAAUCGAAAGUAAACCGUGCCAUAGGUGACAGGUUUAAAAACCAUCAAGAUAUCAUUAAAAUGGCCGCGUGUACGAUUUAACACAAAUAACGACCAAUGAGUAAACAAAAUGAUAAUUAUAUGUAAAUAUUGACUGUAGGCGUGUAUAAAGUGUAAUAAAAGUUUUAUUAUUG